AUGGAGGAUGCAGUGGGGUCCCCCAAACGUGAGGCCGGGUGGCAGGAGGGUGGCCCCCCUACCAAAAAGUUGGACACCGCCACUUCUUCGAACCCACCCCCCCUCGGGGUCGACAUUGCUCAGAUGCAGCAGCUAUUGGAGCAGCAUAGCACCAGGAUCCUCCAAGCUCAGAAGGAGAACCUAGAAGGGAUGAUGGCUCUCUUUGAAAGCCGCACGGACGACCGGUUCAAGCACGUUGAAGCCAGGGCAACCUCCACAGAAGAAAGGGUGAGUUUGUUGGAGAAUAAGAUCGAGAAGAUGCAUGAUCAGCUCGCCAAUGCGCUCCAGGGCCGCGGGGUUGGGCGAGGAGGAGAACCGGAGAGGAGGUUCACCCUCGUCUUCGGAGGAUGGGGGAGGGAUACAAGGCGCCAAACUAUACUCCAGCAGCUUGAAGAAGCCCUUGACCAGCUCAAUUUGAAGCAGCAUCUGGACGCAUCGCCCUUUUGCACCGGGCCAAGGCGAAGCACGGCACUAGCCAACUUUAGUGUCCGUGAACAUGAGGGUGAUCAUGAUGUUCGCAAAAGGAUGCACACCAUCAUUGUUGGCCUCGCCAAUAGUCAGGUGGCUAUCCCCCAGGGGCGCUCUAUGUUUGCAACCUUCUCGAAGACCAAGGGUGAGCGGGCGAUUGCAGCGCAUGCGGGGUGGGUCAAGAGAGCUAUUUCGAAGCUAGGGCAGGACAUUCUCUCCACCCUUGAUGUAGAGUACAGUACAGGGACGUGUUGGAUGGGAGACAGGCAGGCCACAACGAGAGAUCGCGAGGACGACGGUGGCCAGCCGAGAAAGAGUGUACACACUAAGGUGGAGUUGAUGAAGGAGCUGUGCCACAAGCCCUCAGGGAUCUUGGAGUGGCAGAAAAUGACCACUCGAUUUACCUCUUGCAAGAAGUCCCCCGACAUGAGGCACGUGACCUUUGGCAACGAGGCCUGGGUGGGUUCUGCACACUUCGAUCCGGCUUGCACACAAAUUGUCCACAGGGCUGCUGCAGACGAGAAGGACGAUCUCAGCCUCCCCAGCAGCAGGGUUUGGACAUCGGGGCCACAACUCAUUGAUGGGAUCGAUCAGGGGGUGUUGAAGAAGCUUGCCCGCGAAUGUACCAAGCCAAAGCCGGGGAAGGCCUAUAAAGACCCAACUGCAGUCAAGCAAGCGGUGAAAACUGCCCGAGUCAGCCGCACGGCAGCAGCUUGGAAGGAAGUCCACAAGCUUCGCAAACAUGCUCGCAAAGUUUGGGAGAACCAGAGAAUCCAGGAGGCAAUGCAGGGGGAUUGGGAACAGGUUCGCAAACUCAGGAUGGUCAAAAACACAGGUUGGGACAUCCACUUUGCGGAGAAGCAGGGUGAGGGGGAUCCACACCAGUGCAUACAUGAACACCUGGAAAGCAUCUACACCACUGGUAAUCAGCUUCCUGAGCUCCCCACCUGGGAUGGAGAGGUCCAGGCCUUCACGGAGGACGAGCUCAAAACGGCGAUUGCGGCGGGCCACCGCAACAAGGCCGUGGGGACGGACAUGACAAGCCACGAACUUCUACAGGGGAUUAUGGACACACCAGGGGGGUGCACCCACCUCCUUGAGUUCUAUAACCACAUCCUGUGCACGGCCGACAUCCCUGCUGAUUGGAAUCGGGCAAUUAUGGUGGUGAUCCCCAAAACCUCCUUCCCCUCCGAACCAGGAGACCUAAGACCGCUGUCCAUGGGCAGCGCUGCAGCCAAAGUCUUUGCCCACAUGCUACUCACACGCUCUGCCCCCCAAAUCCAAUUAAAGGGGCCUGAACAGUGUUGUGGAAAGGGCCGACAGACUUGCGAUUUCAUUUUCGUGGUUUCCCGACUUAUGCAACUGGAGCAUGAAUGGAAGCAGGGGACCUGUUGGCUGAAGGUCGACUUGGCUAAGGCAUUCGACAAAGUGGAUCGCAGGGUACUGGUAAACCGACUUGAACAGAGGAUGGGGAUGUGUGCAGAGUUCAGGUGCUGGUAUAACCUCCUCCGGGGCACCGAUGCAGUCCUACAAACAGGGUGGGAUACUUCGAUCAUUGCUAUGCACGAUGGAAUCAAACAAGGUGCCAUUGAGUCCCCGGCAUUCUUCGGUUUUCUGGCGGAAACCUGCCUACACGAAGCAUCGGUGAGAUACAAGUGGCAUGAGCAGGCGAACACUUUCCCGGGGCUGGAGCUUAACAACCUCCUCUACAUGGACGAUGGUUUGCAGUGGAGUAAUGGGGUUGUAGACGGACGAUAA